AUGGCCAUCAUAAGGAGACUACUACAGGUCCUCCUCCUCUUCUCACAGCUGGAUGAGGGUCAGUCUGGUCCCAGCUGCAGUCCCCACGAUUGGCCAAUGGAAACCUUCUCACAAUUUGGAGAUAUUCUGAUUGGGGCCAUUUUUGUGAUUCACUCCGGAUUUGUUUUCCAAAUACCAACCUUCCAGGAGAAGCCAAAGCCAGUCUCUUGUACGGGGUUCCACAUUCGUUACUAUCGGGAAGUUCUGGGCCUCAUGUUUGCAGUGGAUGAAAUUAACAAUUCUCCGGAGCUGCUGCCUAAUAUCACUCUUGGCUUCAGCCUGCUGGAUUCCUGUAUGUCGGAGCUCCGGGCAGUGGGAGGAGUUCUGUCCCUGCUGUCAGGACUUGGGAACCCCUUUCCAGGAUACGACUGUCAUAACCCUUCAGUCAUGGUCGGGAUUAUAGGUGAACAUUUUUCCGCCUUAUCUCUUCCUAUUGCCCAAGUUCUCGGUGUCCUCCAUUACCCACAGAUCAGUCAUGGGGCGACCCUUGCAGCUCUGAGCAAUAAAAUACAAUUCCCAUCAUUUUUCCGCACCAUGCCCAGCAACCUCUUUCAGAACAUUGCUCUCCCCGAGCUGAUUGGGCGUUUUAGUUGGACUUGGGUCGGGAUGUUGGUGGUGGACAAUGAUGCCGGGCAGCAGGGGGCCCAGGUUAUACGAGCUGGGAUAGAGAGAAAUGGAGGUUGUAUUGCUUUCCUGGAGAAAAUCCAUCUGAGUUAUUCGACCAGACAGAUCAGGAGAGUGGUGGAUGUUAUUAAAGGAAGCUCCAUCAAUGUGAUCAUUCUCCACAGCCCGGAGGUCCAUGUGACGGCCCUGCUAGAUGCCAUGUUUGAUGACGGGCUCACCGGGAAAACGUUCAUCUCUUCAGCUUCCUUUAUAAUCACCCCCGGACUCUUCUCCAAGAAAGCCUGGAAGGUCUUAAAUGGCACAAUUGGACUGGUUCCCGGGUCUGCCCACAUGCCAAGGUUUGAGGAGUUCCUUCUAAACCUUCAUCCAAAUGCCAGCUCUAUGUACCCAUUUAUUAGGCUGUUCUGGGAGAAAGCUUUCAGCUGCCACUGGCCUGAUGGAGAUGCUGAGGGGUCAGUCGCUCCCAUUAUAAAAGAACAUGUGACCUGCUCCGGGAAAGAAGAGCUCGGAGGUGAGAUUGCUCAGUUAUUUGAGACAAAUGAUCUCAGCUUGACUUAUCAUGCGUACCUGGCGGUAUAUGCCUACGCACACGCUCUGCAUUCACUGCUCGGCUGUCCAACCGUAUCGGAGGGUUAUUUCAGUCACGGAGUGUGCGCCGAUAUUAAUGAUGCUCAACCCUGGAAGCACAUGUUUGAUGACGGGCUCACCGGGAAAACGUUCAUCUCUUCAGCUUCCUUUAUAAUCACCCCCGGACUCUUCUCCAAGAAAGCCUGGAAGGUCUUAAAUGGCACAAUUGGACUGGUUCCCGGGUCUGCCCACAUGCCAAGGUUUGAGGAGUUCCUUCUAAACCUUCAUCCAAAUGCCAGCUCUAUGUACCCAUUUAUUAGGCUGUUCUGGGAGAAAGCUUUCAGCUGCCACUGGCCUGAUGGAGAUGCUGAGGGGUCAGUCGCUCCCAUUAUAAAAGAACAUGUGACCUGCUCCGGGAAAGAAGAGCUCGGAGGUGAGAUUGCUCAGUUAUUUGAGACAAAUGAUCUCAGCUUGACUUAUCAUGCGUACCUGGCGGUAUAUGCCUACGCACACGCUCUGCAUUCACUGCUCGGCUGUCCAACCGUAUCGGAGGGUUAUUUCAGUCACGGAGUGUGCGCCGAUAUUAAUGAUGCUCAACCCUGGAAGGUCCCAGUCUCCGUCUGCAGUAACAGCUGUCGGCCCGGGUACAGGAAAGCUCCUCUACAAGGAAGACCCAUCUGCUGCUAUGACUGCGUCCCCUGCUCUGAGGGAGAGAUGACCAAUCACACAGAUGCCGAUGAGUGUACCAGAUGUCCCUCCGAUCAGUGGACCAAUGAAGAAAGGGACAGAUGUGUCCCGAAGGUGAUAGAGUUCCUCUCAUACAAUGAACCAUUGGGAAUCAUUCUGGUGAUAAUGGUUGCCAUCUUCACAGUCCUCACACUCUGCAUCUUAAUCAUCUUCAUUAAAGAUCAGGACACGCCCAUCAUCAAGGCCACCAAUAGGGAGCUGAGCUUCAUCCUCCUGGUGUCUCUCGUUCUCUGCUUCCUCUGCUGUCUGGUGUUCAUUGGUCAACCGUCCAAAUUCAGUUGUCUCCUGAGACAAACCUUCUUCAGUGUGGCCUUCUCCAUCAGCAUCUCCUCAGUCCUGGCCAAGACUAUCAUGGUGUUCCUCGCCUUUAAAGCCACCAGGCUGAACAGUCCGUUGAGGAAAUGGCUCGGUCCCACCAUCCCUCGUAAUGUUGUAGCACUUUGUUUAGUUGUUCAGAUGUGUAUUUGUUCCCUAUGGCUUCACAGGUCCCCUCCAUUCCCAACACUGAACACGCAGAACUAUAAGAUCACAUUUGAGUGUAAUGAAGGACAGAAAGUAUUCUUCUACAUGUCUCUGGGGUUCAUGGGCUUUCUGGCCAUGGUGAGUUUCCUGGUGGCUUUCCUGGCGAGGAACCUCCCGGGAAGCUUCAACGAGGCCAAACUGAUCAGCUUCAGCAUGCUGGUCUUCUGCUGCGUCUGGAUCUCCUUCAUCCCGGCCUAUCUGAGCACCAGUGGAAAAUACACUGUGGCUGUUCAGAUAUUCGCUAUCCUGGCCUCCAGUGCAGGACUGCUGAGCUGUAUAUUCCUGCCGAAAUGUUAUAUUAUCCUGCUGAGACCAGAGAGGAACCAUCGAGAGUUCUUAUCAGGAAGCAAAAUGAGGAGAACACCUGGAUAA